AAAUGCAUCAUUAUGCAUUAAUAUUAUGAGGAGAGUUCUCCACAUGAAAGACCCGCCACUGCAUAUUACUGCAUAGAUUUUGUUCUACAAGGGUAUACUACGACACGAUAGGGAAUGAGGAGAUGAUGAUCAGGUGUGGGUGAUUAGUAUUCAGGUGACAGUGAUCUCUGUGAUUGGGUGGUGAUGGAGCCUGGCUGAUCUCCGACAAUAAUACAGCUAGCUGUGCAUUAAACGAUUUUAAUGCACAACAUGGAGGCAAAGAAGAACCAUCCAACAUGAAGCGCAAGUGCAUUAAAAAGUGUUUUAUCCCACUCAUACCAUGGUCAUUUGCUAGAAUUGACAACUUAAAGCUGUUAUUGAUUUUCGCAGCACAAUAUUUGACCAGAAGGGUAAAACUGAUGGUUACUUUUGUCAGUUAUGGCUUGUUAGAUCUAUCUGUUUUGAAUCAGACACAGAGAUAAAGUAGUGCGUAAGAUUACAUUAAUUUGAAUGAAUUAAUUGAUUAUAGCAUUUAUUUGAAUAUAGUAUAAUAUAAUAUAAUAUAAUAUAAUAUAAUGUGAUGGGUAGGUUUAGGGGUAGGGUUUGGGUUAGGCAACAGAAAAUAUCAUUAGUCUAAAAUUAAAGGAAGCAAUGUCCCUAGAAAUAUAGUGAAACAAACGUGUGUGUUUUUUUCAGUGUGUUUAUCCAGUUUGCAAUUUGCAAUACAAAUGUGCUUAUUACUGGAAAGCUACAUUGUUUUGAAAGCAGCUGAAGUACUGUCAUGCUAUAAUUUAUGUGGUUGGAGUGUCAUCAUCAUAGUGGUUUUGAUGUUAAGGAUGACACGUGCUGACAAAUUGCAUACCUUUGUUUAAAGGUGCAGUAAGUGGUAUUUGAACUAUGCUGUUGGAAAUUGUUGAUAUUUGAAAUCGACCUAAACAAACCCACCCCUCUCUUCAUUGCUCCGCCUCCAAAACUUACACUCCAAUUCUAACCAACCUGCUCCGAGUCAGUCUCGAACCGCUGCCCAAUCGCUGCUGGCAUGUGAGGCGAAUGCACUACCAAUGACACUAAGCACCUCAUUCUCAUUCUUUAGCGGCAGCUGACGCACAACAAAAUGCUUCACGAAAAAUAAAGCGCAGCUGAUGAACGAAUGACAAGGAAGCACAAAAAAUUAACAUACAGUACACACGAGUAAAUACAAAGUGCUAUGUUUGUUGUUAGUCGCAAACAGCACAACAGCUCCAGACAAUCAAACCCAGUGUACUCGCAUGAUAAGCGGGAUCAAAGCAGUUUUCAGGCCUUCCCUCUUAGCUCUCUCCAGCGCUGGAAAGCUUUUCUAAUAUACCAGGGUCCUAAAGAACUUGCCCAGGCAUAAACCUUCAUUCCAGUGCUAUUCUUUUGUAUUGUGUCCCAUUUCUCGCUCUGCAGUUUUUUUUUUCUUCUUAUUUUCAAAUCUCCCUCUUGCUCGUUCUCUCUCCUCGACCGUCAUUAUGCCCCCUAAUGCUGAUUGGUUAGACGUUUGUUGUUGGACUCGGCCCGACUAACUUCCAAACAGUGGAUUUGAAAUAUCACUGAGUCCCCCUUUAAUUUUCUUGUUGUCAUUUCACUCUGCAUCUACUCUUUACCCACAAAUAUAAUCACUCUAAAAGGGAGGGGGGAAAAAAACACAAUGUGAACAAAUUAUCUGCAUCAGCUGUGCUACACACUGCAUUCAUAGAAAAAGGAGUAAAAAAAAAAAAAUCAACUAUUUGCUACUCCACAAAGAAAGUAUUUUGAAAUGUAUGUUGAGGAAUAAUGAAUAUCCUUCAGAAAAAUAGAUUUAAAAUACACCUGUCAGCACUAUUUGACAAUGUUUCCGGCUUUAGAACGUCUUCAAAGCAAGACUGUUAUAGAUACUUUAGUGUAAGCACUGCCUGUUCUGUUCAGAGUGCAGUGACCCUGUAACAGCAUAUUGACUGCAAGCUAAGAAUAACUCCAUUAUCUUGCAAAAGAAGAAAAGUGAAAGAAAUCUUGAUCUGCAGCCAUGGUUGGUGUGUUGCUAUUUGCAUAUAUCUCAGUGAAUCUAUUCCUCCAUAGUCAAGGUCAUGAGAUUAAAAAAGCUAAGAUUUUCAGUGAAAAUACAGAAGUACCAGAAGGUGGAAAACUGGAAGUUUUUUGCAGCACAUUUGGGUUUACAAAUGCAGAGACAAAGGCAGUUUAUGUAUAUCUGACUAAAGAUGGUAAAGCUAUUGAUAUGAAAAACGGACCAGCUCGACGAGACAUCACCUUUAAAAAAGCGAGAAUAGAAAUGGACAAUUCGGGCAACUACAGCUGUGUGUUUUCUGAAGAAGAGUUGGAAAUAUCCAAAGUGAUGGGAUAUGGCCAUAAUUACAUCUUCAUAAAUGUGAUCGAAUCUUUGAUGAAUUCACAGAUACAUUUGCUGAAGUCUGAGGUAGCAGUGGGAAGUGAUGCUGAGUUUAACUGUACAACAUCCAGUCCUAUAAACAAAAACCUGUCCAAUAAUAUGAUUUUGGCUUUUCUCAUCAAAAAUGAAAAGCAUAUUAAAGUCAAUAUUUGGGACACAGAGGAGAUGAUGACAGCAUUCACCCUCAGAGAGGUUCGGAUGGAAGAUGCUGGAACAUACAGUUGUGCUAUUUUGUUAAACAUUCUCCCUUACCAUGGAAUGAGACUUGAUCGAAAUAAUACAGUCAACCUUCAGAUAGUCGUGGCAUCUUACAGCAGCUUUGACAAAAUCAUAAUUGUCAUAAUGUGCACCAUAGUGUUGCUUCUCAGUCUGUUUUUGGGAAUUUGGGCAGUGAUCCGAAAGCGAGGAUGCCAUGGAUUCCACAAGGAAAGAUCCUUGAAUGAGACAGAGCACAGAGGAAACGACAUAAUGUUCUACGAAGAAAUUCCUAAACCUAACACAGCUGAUACUGGCGAAAUACGAACUGUUGUCUGUGCUGCAGCAGUGUGGGAGGAGUCUUCUGAUGGUGAUGAAAUGUAUGAUGACCUGGUCUUUCAGCAAUCUUAAUGGCCUUUCUGUGGUUCAGUCAGUAGAGCAGUGCAAGUUCAUAUGUCCACGUCCCAGGGAAAGCAAGAACUGAUAAAAUGUGUACCUUGAAUGCAGUGUAAAUUGCUUUGGGUAAAAUUGUCUGCUAAAUGCACUAAUGCAUAUGUGAUAAACUGGGUGACAUGCAGUAGGCUACAGCUGCAGCAUGAAUAAAGUAUUGCAUUUUUUAACUUGGUGUUAUCUUUUCUGUGGUCAAUUUUAGCUUGUUUUAUAAUAGUAAGAGUUUUUUUUUUUUUUUUUUAUGAAUAUUAUUUGUAACUACUGUUGUCACUAUUUUAUUGUGCACAUUUUUUCAUUAAAUCUCAGAAUUAACAAAAUACAACAUGCAUAUAGUUUAUGUAACAGGCCUACAUAUGCAAUUUCAGAAUAUAUACCGCUGUUGUAGAAUUACUUAAAAAAUAUAUUACAGUGUGUUCACAAAUGUACUGAAGAAUACCUCAUGAUAAAAUGUUUUGAAUGAAAAGAUAUUUCACCAGGUACAGACUGUAUUUCAUAAUUUUUAUACACUGUAAAAAAUCCUACUUCUAUUUUAUCAGCCAAACUGUAUUUUAAAUGUUGAUUAAACCAUUGAAUGUAGAAAAAGGUGACAUUAUAUAAAAAUGAAAAUAUUAAAAUAAAUAUUUUAAUAAAUAUUAAAUAGCAUGCACUUACACUGUCAAAUUUGGUGAUGAGGGUCCAACUAACAAAAUAAGCAUGCUCAGUGGUCACUGUUUUUUUUUUUUUUUUCUUUAUGUGCUUUGACAAAAAAGAA